AUGGAAUCCAUUUUCGCAUUUGCGGUCUUCGCUAGCACGGCCCUGGGCCAAGGCAUCUUCAUCAACUCCCCCGCGGCGGGCUCCAAACUCAAAGUCGGAGAGACGAUUACUGGAUUCAUCCAAGCGAUGGCAGAGAUCGGCAUCGCAAUCGGCAUCCAAUCCUGCCCCGCAACCCGUCCCUGCCCGGCACCAAACGAGUACCUGCAGAAUGUUCUCUACUCUGGACCCUUUGCUCCUGAGUAUCAUACAGGGUUUUAUGAUCAGUAUCAGAAUUUUACCCUCACGGUGCCCGAUGUGACGGGGCCCGCGCAGAUUGGGAUCACUCGUGCGUUCUUGGUUGGGGCUGGUUGGGCGACUACUGUUGGGUCGAUAGCGAGUAAUUAUACUAUUGUGGCGUGA